AGUUGUCAAACAAAGAUGGCGGAAGAUGGUGCAAGGGACCGGGCUUCAUCGAAAACUUCCACAGACUCUGAGGCUGGUUUGUCGCCUAAAUGUCCUGAAGAUGACGGAGCGGAGAGUCCCGAGUCUGAAGCGUCUCGGGCUUCUCAGCAGGACCUCAAAAGCGUCUUGGUCACCAGCGUCUUAAACCUGGAGCAGCUCGACGUCGACCUGUACAGAGGAAAGCACCAUUGGGUGCCACGUACUCAGCGUCUGUUUGGUGGCCAAAUAAUUGGUCAGGCCCUUGUUGCUGCCGCCAAAUCUGUUGACGAUAACCUCUUUGCCCAUUCUCUGCACUGCUACUUUGUACGAGCAGGAGAUCCCAAGGUUCCAGUGCUGUACCAGGUGGAUCGCAUAAGAGAUGGCCGCAGUUUCUCAGUGCGCUCUGUGAAGGCCAUUCAGCAUGGACAGCCGAUACUGAUCUGCCAGGCCUCCUUCCACAUGCAGCAGCCGAGUCCCCUGCAGCACCAGUUCACGAUGCCUGUGGUGCCUCCACCUGAACACCUUCUCACUGUGGAGGAGCUGAUUCGCCUCUAUUUGAGCAGUCCAGAUGUAGCAGAUACUGCAAAACAAGGCCUGAACAAACUGCUGGCUAAUGAAGUGCCCAUUGAGAUAAAGCCGGUCAACCCACCAGACAUGUACAGACGCGUCGCAAUGGAGCCAAAGAAGCUGUUCUGGGUGCGAGCACGUGGACAUAUCGGUGAAGGAAACAUGAAGCUGCAUUGCUGUGUCGCUGCUUACGUGUCAGACUAUUCGUUUUUGGGCACAGCGCUGCUGCCUUACCCAAACCACCGGGCCCGGUUCACGGCCUCCCUGGACCACGCCAUGUGGUUCCACAGCACUUUCCGCACAGACGAGUGGAUGCUGUACGAGUGUGAGAGUCCGUGGGCAGGGGGCAGUAGAGGCCUGGUUCAGGGCCGCUUGUGGAGGAGAGACGGGGUGCUGGCUGCCUCGUGUGCUCAGGAGGGUGUCCUGAGGGUCACUGAAGUUACGCAGCACAGCAAACUUUAGGGUGUUCCUUUUGUUUCUCUUUCUCAUUCCUGAUUUAUUCCUAAAGGCAUGGGGUGGCUGGGAAACUUUAAAAAUUUUAGAAUGAAAUAGGCAUGCAGUUGAAAUUAAUGACUGGAAUCAUAACACAUGUAUGGCUCUUUAAUGUCACACUCCAUCUCGCUCUAACCUGUUCUCGUCUAUUAUACUAUUAACAUUUGAAAUUACUAUGGCACAAUCAGGGUUUAAAAAAAGGUAUAAUACAAGGUUUCUGUCAAGGUAUAAUACAACCAAGCACUGAUAUGGUUUGGGGCCCUUGAGGAGGAUUUUUUUUAAGAAUUGGUGUUCACUUACUUACUGGAGUCAGAUGACAGAAAUAUAAUAUGAUUGCAUCAAAUCAUAACUCCUCAUGAUUGAAUCCCAACUGGAAGGAAACCUGAAUUGAACUGCAAGCCUCUUUCAAUUCAACAUGCAAAUGAACUGAAUAAUGGUGUUAAAUACAUAUUUU